UAAUAUUUUUUUCAAAAAAUAAAUGAGCAUGAUUCACAAGUUUUUUAAAAAUGUAAUUUUCUGUUGCAAAGUUCAUAUGUAUGAUGCAUGUGAUUCAUACGUACAGUCUUUGUUUUUCCUAUAAAAGCCUGAUGAGUUGUUCUUCCUCUUCGCUCAUCCUGAAUUUCAAGUUUCAAUGGCUUCCCCUCACUUUCUUUUGUUCCCUUUCAUGGCUCAAGGCCAUAUGCCACCCAUGAUUGACCUUGCCAAGCUCCUUGCUCGCCGUGGAGUCAUAAUCACCAUUGUCACCACCCCUCACAACGCUGCUCGCAACCACUCUAUUCUUUCUCGUGCCAUCCAUUCCGGUUUACAAAUCAAUGUCGUUCAACUUCCAUUUCCCUGCUUACAAGGCGGCCUGCCGGAAGGCUGUGAGAAUUUGGACUUACUUCCUUCCUUGGAUCUUGCCUCCAAAUUCUUGAGAGCCACUUUUUUCCUUCUCGACCCAUCUGCAGAAUUGUUCCAAAAACUCACUCCCCGUCCUACAUGCAUUAUCUCCGAUCCCUGCCUCCCUUGGACCAUUAAACUUGCUCACAAAUUUCACAUCCCUAGGAUUGUUUUUUACAGCCUUUGUUGUUUCUCUCUCCUGUGUCAGCCCACUUUAGUAAACAAGGAAUCCCUUCUUCGGUCAUUGCCUGAUCAGGCUCUCGUAACUGUCCCUGAUUUGCCUGGUUAUGAUUUCCAGUUUCGAAGGUCUAUGUUACCUAAACACACAGACCAGUACUUUGCAGCGUUUAACCGGGAGAUGGAGGAGGCUGAUCUCAAGUCCUACAGCAUUAUUAUUAACACCUUCGAGGAGUUGGAGCCUAAAAACUUAGCUGAGUAUAGAAAAUUGAGAGACCUUCCUGAAAAAGUGUGGUGCAUUGGCCCUGUUUCACUGUGCAACCACGACAAACUCGAUAAAGCUGAAAGAGGCAACAAAUCUGCCAUCGACCAACACGAAUGCCUGAAAUGGAUGGAUUGGCAGCCACCGAGUUCUGUGGUGUACGUUUCAUUGGGAAGCAUAUGUAAUCUAACGACGAGACAACUGAUAGAGCUUGGACUGGGUCUAGAGGCAUCGAAGAGGCCAUUCAUUUGGGUGAUCCGGAAAGGGAAUGAAACAAAGGAGUUGCAGAAAUGGAUGGAGGCGUACAAUUUCAAAGAGAAAACAAAGGGGAGAGGGCUGGUGAUUCGUGGUUGGGCGCCACAAGUUAUGAUACUAUCCCACACUGCAAUCGGAAGCUUCUUGACGCAUUGCGGUUGGAACUCAACGCUUGAAGGAAUAUCGGCAGGGGUUCCUAUGAUUACAUGGCCACUAUUUUCAGACCAAUUCAACAACGAGGUGCUGAUUGUGAAGAUGCUGAAAAACGGGGUGAGUGUGGGUGUGGAAGCAUCUUUGCAAUGGGGAGAGGAAGAGGAGAUUGAAGUAGCUGUGAAAAAAGAGGAUGUGAUGAAAGCUAUUGAAAGGGUGAUGAGUGGAACAAAGGAAGGUGAAGAGAUUAGAGAGAGAUGUAAAGAGCUUGGUAAAAAGGCUAAUAGAGCUGUUGAAGAAGGUGGUUCUUCUCACCAUAACAUCAAGUUGUUCAUUGACGAUCUAAUUGAUCUUGCAGGUGGUGAUCCCAACUGACUUUAACCAAUCCUCGCUCUCUUUUAGUCUUUAUUCAAUCUUGCUCUCAUUUUAAUUUUGUUUUUUUCUUUCCAAUGAGUACAUGUCUCUAGUGGUGUUUAAUUGAGUUAGCUAUUGUGUCAAAUUUAUUUACAUGUGUUGAUCAAUAAAUAUGCUUCAUUGUGAAAA